AUGCCAAAGAGGAGAAUAAUAAUGGAAAACAACACACGAGGCGACUUAUCGGACAUCGUUCGAGCCGCUGCUCCCGACUGGCCGUUAGCUCCGGCCGCCGCCGGCGAACCAAUCGGCUGCCCGCCGGACCAAGACUUUGGUGACCCAUUUAGCUUCACGGGCGACCCGCUUCUCCAUAACCCGGCUCCCGAACCUCCGGUUUCCGGGUUCUUUUAUGGCUCGGGUGCCGUGGAUCGGCCGCCGGGUAAUAUUUUCUCGAAGAUGCUGCAGAUUUCUCAGAGCGAUGCGAAGCUUCCAUGUGGCGUGUCGACCGGAGUUUUGAAAGCUCCGGCUCCGAUUUUGGUGUCUAAUAAUAAUAGUAGCGGUAGUAAUAAUAAUAGUCGUGGUGGUGCUUUGAUUUCUUCUCCGGUGAGUAGUGGUGUGCAGAUCUCAUCUCCGGCGAGAAAUACGGGGAUCAAGCGAAGGGGCUACUACAGAUGCAGCAGCUCGAAGGGUUGCUCGGCUCGUAAACAAGUCGAGCGUAGCCGAACAGACCCGAACAUGCUCGUCAUCACGUACACUUCCGAGCACAAUCACCCGUGGCCCACCCAACGAAACGCCCUCGCCGGGUCCACCCGCUCCCAACCCCCCUCCAAAGCCGCCGCCAAUGCCACCAAGCCCGUGGGCCCCACGCAAUCGGACCCCCCAAAGGAACCCGACGACACCUCAGCCAUCGUCGGCCCGAAACCCGACGAGACGACGCCUCCGUUGCCCGACGAGCCCGAAUUUUUCGACGAGGGGUUUCUGUCGGGGCCCGGAGCACUCGAGGACAGCUUUUUCGCGGAUUUUGGAGAAAUCGAGGCAGAGCCGCUAGACGAGCUUUUCGCGCGCGGGUUCGGAGGCCCGGGGACCGAGGAUUUGGACACGUUUGGGUUUUACGAUUGGGCGGCCGAGGACAACGGCGGUGAUGACGUGGCACCGGCGGCCGGCGGCGGUGGUGGUGGUGAUGAAUUGGGUAAUUCUUGA